GCGGUGCACGGCUGUUCUAAUGUUUAGACCAACGUAGCGAGUGAGGCUUCCCACCAGGGCCUGCUACUCCGUGAGGCUUGUCACCAGGGCCUGCUACUCCGUGAGGCUUGCCACCAGGGCCUGCUACUCAGUGAGAUCUCAGUUUGAAGCUUUGUUUAUUCGUUGUUUGAAUGACAAUGUGAGUUUCAUAGUUUACAAAUACUUUUUUAAUAUUAUAUUAUUUAUAUAUGUAUUAGAUUAUUUAUAUAUGUAUCAGAGAAUAUAUAUAAGUAUUAAAGUAUUGAUAUAUUUAUUAUAGUAUUUACAUAUACAUUCGAGUACUUAUGUAUGUAUUAGAGUAUUUAUAUAUAUCCGAGUAUUUAUAUAUGUAUUAGAAUAUUUACAUAAAGAGUAUUUAUAUAUAUAUAUAUAUAUAUAAAUAUAUAUAUAUAUAUAUAUAUAUAUAUAUAAGAUUAUUUAUAUAUAUAUUAUAGUAUAUAUAUAUAAAUUAUAAUAUUUAUAUUCUAUUUUUAUAUAUAUAUAUAUAAAUAUAUAUAUAAAGAGUAUUUAUAUAUAUAUAUAUAUAUAUAUAUAUAUAUAUAUAUAUAUAUAUAUAUAAGAUUAUUUAUAUAUGCAUUAGAGCAUGUAUAAAUGAAUUAGAAUAUUUAUAUUCUAUUUAACGUACAAUGAAGUAGAUAAAUUAAAAACCUUUAUUUUUCAGGUCCAGUCGUGGUGAUGAGCCAGUCGCAGAUGUGGAUGUCACGACGACCCCCUGCACGUCAGACACCACACACCUGCUGCCAAGACUGGUGGAGUUGGCUGACAGGUUAAAUAAUAAUAAAGGAAUUAAUGUGCAAAUGUGUACGCAGGGGCGAACUAAGGUGCAGGGUGGUAUAGUAGUCUUUAAAUGGACCCCUCGUCAUUUUGAUCUGUGAUCCGCUACUGAACGCCUCGGGGGUGUCUCUCGUCAAAACAUUGACAUUAUCCAUGGAUACAUGGCAGUUGUGACAACCGGUCAUUAAAUGAGGAUUCAUAGGAUCUUUGUUCCCAAAACUGUCCCCAUUGACACAUGAUGGAUACAUUUAUUUGAUUUAUUUAUCACAGUUUUACAACAACAAAAAAAAGAACUAACAAAACUAUUUUAAAAUGGGUAGCGUUGUUUUGUUGCGUUCCUUUCUUCAGGUUGAACCAUUCUUUGUUUUACUCAUUUUAUAUUUUGCAACGGUCAAGUUAUUAAAAUUGGUGAUUUUUUUUCUAGCAACCAGUUUUGUGUCCAUGUCAAAUUCUGUUAAGUGUUCAUUUCUUUUGGGGCACACUCUUAGAGCGAGUGAACAGUUGAUUUCAGAUUUGAUCAUCAUUACAAUUCUGAACUCAACAUCAAUUCAUCGUAUAAACAUCAAUUCAUCGUAUCAACAUCAAUUCAUCGUAUCAACAUCAAUUCAUCGUAUCCACAUUAACUCAUCGUAUCAACAUCAAUUCAUCUUAUCAACAUCAAUUCAUCGUAUUAACACCAAUCCUUCUAAAUAACUUUUUACUUUUGCGAAAUUACAAAAGAAAAAAAACGUAGUUGCGCAGUGAACUGAUGACGUCACUUUUCCAAUUAUUGUUUGAAUAUAUUUUUUCAGAUUUGGGAAUAAAUUUUACGUCGGAAACGCCGGUGACUACUGGCACCCACCAUUCCCCAUCGGUGCCGACCACGACUACAGGACACACGUUCGUCAGAUUAGAGACAUGGAGAUAAGGGAUGACGACAUCAUGAUCUGCUCCUACCCCAAAACAGGUCUGGAGAAAUACUAAAGUACAUUACAAAAGCCACAACUAUUUCUUUGAUUUGACAAUAGAGAUCUUGUGACCUGUGCCAUGCGUGACCAAGUUUACAUUGUGCAAAUGAAAGCAGAAGAUCAAUGACGUGGCAAAGGAUAGUGCCAACCGACGGGAGGGGGAAUUUUUUAUUUUUUUUUUGCAGCGCCCGCCCCCCACCCCCACCCAACAAAUUAUGCAUUUCGCGGAAAAGUCCAUCCCGUUAAAUAUACAGACAGAAUAGUGGCGCCCAGGGUGGGCCUACUUCUCUGCCCGCACCCCCUUUUCCAUCUUCAACGGGAACAAUGCCAUAACAGAUUUAAAAAUUUAAGAAUAUUUCCAUAUCAUCACUUGAGGCUCAACACUUGAAAGAAUGUGUUGUCAUCGGCAUCGAAUCUAUGGGCCAACUUUCAGCUCGAUAGGUUGAUGGGAAAUGCGGCAUUGAACCGUCCGAAGAUUUUGCCCUAAACAUACAAAAGCGAAGUUCAUAUAAAAGAUUUUUUUUUUAAAGAACAAAACAAAUGCAAUUAAAAAAUUUUAAUAAUAAAAUUUAUACCUUUAUAUAUAUAUAUAUAUAUAUAUAACUUUUCACAGCACUCCCAUGAAUUCCUACAUUUCCUAUAAACGUGUGUGCUCUGUUGGGUACCCACUCCUUGAGGCUCGACGGGUACCCAGGUAACCGACUCAAAGGUCAAAUAAAGAGAGGCCUGCAGAGAUUGAUGUUAAAGGGAUUCCCUUGACUUGCAGGGGCGCCGACUCCCUUUAAAAAAAAAAAAGAAACUCUAAUUUCUUUUUCUAUACUUCGAGGCCCACGAUCAAUGAAUUGAUCAAUCUGGUUCCUAUGUUUCAGAGGGGUUUGCGAUGCAACUGUGCAUGGUUUUGAAAGGGAUGCUUCACUGGUUGCAAGGACUGUUCGGCAAUGAUAUUGUGAACUAGGGGUUGGAAGACAGGAGUCAAUAGGCUUUGUCAUUUCUUAGACCGGAAAACGUCAUAGGGUACUAUUUUUAGAAGGUCAGUGGACAAAUAUUGCUUAAAACAUGGCAGCUUAUAGUGUGUUUCAGCAUAUCGUUCGGACGAUCCUUGUAUCUCGAGUUACUGUUACAUUUGCCGUUCAAGCAAUGAAGUCGCAUUUCAGAAAAUAGAAGAAAAAAAAAAUGUGUAAAAUAUUUCGUAAAAUAGAGUUGUAAACAAGUUUCAGGGACACUUCGCUAACAUAGUAAUACUGAACAGUGUUGACAUUUUGUCCGCGCUGAGCACCCGGAUGAUGAGUAAUAAUGACAUCAGUUCUAUUAAUAGAUUUCCGCCAUUAAAUGACAAGCCCUAUAGACGCAAAUGUGUCAAAAGUAGUCACCUUAACUGUUGCUGUUGGGAACUUGUUCCAGUUCCGUAUUGUCUUUGGCAGGAAUGAGCAGUUCCUGUACUGUAUUCUUGGUUGUAUGAUCCGGAACUGCUUGUCGUGGCCUCGGUAUCUGAGACACGGCGACUUAGUUCAUUUUAAAUCUGCAAUUAUUUUUUCUAAAGGAUGUACUUUUAAUUUCUAUAUUUUUAAAUAAUUUUUAAAGUAACCUUCAUAUCUUAAACAUAUGAGUCUGUAAAAUAUGAUUUCUUAAAUAUUGAUGCCCCUACGAUUUUGGAGGCCCUAAGUUUAAGUCUACAUAACCUAUAGAGAAAUCAAACCCUUUGUGGAGUGUUUUGGGGUUUUAAAAAAAAGGGAGGUUGGGGGGGGGGGGUGAGUGGUGGGGUUGAUGAACAUUGUUUUGACCGAUCCUGGCCUCCAUGAUUUCACUAGGGGGCCACUGGCAACAAGAAAUCAUCCACAUGCUGGUGUACAAGACCACGCGCAUGUGUAGUGAAGGAGAGAAGGCGUUCUGCUUCAUCGACUUCAGCCCCGUGUCAACUUUCGCUGACGUGUCCUCGCCGAGAUUGCUCGUGACCCACGUGCCCUUCAGGUAACCUGACCGUGACCUUGUCUUGGGGGUGCUGACAGUAUCUAGGAUUUGACCCUCGGGCACGGUGUCUUGUCUUUAAGUCCAUGGGCUCACUGAAACAUUAUUUGAAUAGAACUAAUUAUUUUCUAAAAAGUUAAACUUUUUUUCUAUUAAAUAAUGAAUUAUUUUCACGUCUGUUUUAGAUUAAAAUCUAAAACUGAAUAAAAGUUUAUUUCAAAACGUAUAUUUUUAUAUACUUUAUAAAUAAUAGAAACAGAGAUGAACACAUUCAAAAAAAGGGGCGUGGGACAGGCUUGUCGGACUAAAUUUAACACUUUUAAGCCGCACCGAAAACAUGGAAGUUUGUAUUAUAGAAACAAGCUGCGCGUUCAAUUGAGGUUCCACAUGCGUCACUGGGGUUGGUGUCACCCCAACCUAGACGUCCUCAUAGACCUCCCUCGAGUAUGCCUGCUCAUAUGACUCCCUAACUAUCCAGUGGCACCCUGUUCUGGAGGCAUCCUGCUCUUGUAUUUCAUUUAGAUCUGUUGUGACUUCGACUCAUGGAAGCUUUGUUAAAUUAUUUUUUGUUUCCCUAUUUUCUCACCUCACUGGGAGGGUGCCGUUACGGUCUGCACCCCACCCCCCCCCCCCCCCCCCCCCCGCACACCCAAGUGACGCUGCUGUUUAACGAACAAUCGCAGUGGACUUACUUCUCCCUUCUUCUUUCCCAUUUUGCCAGCAUUAAAUCUCUGACCUACUUAUGUUCUGUCUCUUUCCUCUUGCCAAUCUCUCGGAAACCACAUUUUAAGCUAAGUGUUAUUUUUAAAUUUAAUUCUGUUUUAGCUGUUGUUUGUUCGCUGGUGAAGGCUUCUUGCCGACACGUUCGUUGUUUUGUUGCAUUAUUGUUUUCAGUUUUUUCCAUACUUUGUUUCACUCAUUUCCUUUUUCGCUAACCCGAUUAGUCGUCGUCCAUCCCCCACCCCCCACUUCUUGCCAUUUUAUAGAUCAGCACACGCUAUUUUCCAGGUACCUCCCCAGGCAAGCGUUCCAGAAGAAGAUUAAAAUAAUUUACCUGGAGAGAAACCCCAAGGACGUCCUGGUGUCCUACUACAACCAACUUCACAGUCAUGUGCCUCCACUUCACUACCCGGGGACGUUCGAACAUUUUUUUCGUCUCAACCUGGAAGUGGGCUGUAAGUUUUCUGUCUUUCUUAAGUUCAGGGCCAUGGGACAGGGACCACAAUGUCAGUGAAUUAUGUGAUUUAAAUCACAGCUCCUACCACCACCAGUGGUUGAUUCUAAGAGAACCGGUCGCGCGUGAAGAGGGGAAGACACCAAACGUAGUUUGGAGGCAACUCAAUUUACGAAUUGAAAGUUAUAUUUUAAAAAAAUAUGUUAUUUCGCUGUUAAGUCAUUGUUAUUUCACUCUUAUUUGACUGUUAUGUCAUUGUUAUUUCACUGUUAUGUCAUUGUUAUUUCACUGUUAUGUUAUUGUCAUUUCAAUGAUAUGUCAUUGUUAUUUCACUGUUAUGUCAUUGUUAUUUCACUGUUAUGUCAUUGUUAUUUCACUGUUAUGUCAUUGUUAUUUCACUGUUAUGUCAUUGUUAUUUCACUGUUAUGUCAUUGUUAUUUCACUGUUAUGUCAUUGUUAUUUCACUGUUAUAUCAUUGUUAUUUCACUGUUCUGUCACUGUUAUGUCAUUGUUAUUUUAAACAAACCAAGAACCGAGCCUUAAACACCCCAUUUCCCUUACAAAAUGCCAAGGAAAAAAAAAUAAUUUUGCAGGCUAACUUUUAUUUCAAACAUAUAGCUCUUUUAGUCAACUUAAUUGAGGCUGUGCAUAAUAUGAACACCCUUUAUCCCCCCAAACUUGCCUCUCAGAUUUCUUGGCAAUAGUUUUUCAUGACUUAAAUAAAUUCAGUAUUAUUUUGUGUCUUAAUGGGCAAAAUUAAUCAACUUUUCUUAUUUAAAACAGCCGAGGCUAUUGAUAAACGGACAAAGUAAAUAUUUACAAAAUAUGUAUAGAUAAUGCAUGUAUUAAAAAGAUCUCUGUAGGUAUUAAAAAGAUCUCUGUAGGUAUUACAAAGAUAUCUGUAGGUAUUAAAAAGAUCUCUGUAGGUAUUAAAAAGAUCUCUGUAGGUAUUAAAAAGAUCUCUGUAGGUAUUAAAAAGAUCUCUGUAGGUAUUAAAAAGAUCUCCGUAGGUAUUAAAAAGAUCUCUGUAGGUAUUAAAAAGAUCUCCGUAGGUAUUAAAAAGAUCUCUGUAGGUAUUAAAAAGAUCUCUGCCUGAACUAAAAAGAACCGUCCCCCAUCCCCUCCCCAUUACAGUCGUUUACGGGGACCUGUUUGACUACCUGAUGGAAUGGCAGAACGGUCGUGAAGCCCACCCUGACCUUCAGAUCUGCACGUCUGUUUACGAGGAUAUGAAACUUGUAACAAAACUGUUUGUCCCGUUAAAAUCUGGUUGAAUUCGUUCAUUAAUAUUACAUUUAUUAGCAUAUAAAACCAGUGCGUGUUCCGGUGCCAUUAGCACUGACAGAAAAAUAAUAUUCACAGCAGUUAUAUGCACACCAGCUAUAUGCUCAUCCGUUAUAUGCACAUCAGCUAUAUAUACACUAGUUAUAAGCCCAGCAGUUAUAUACACAGCAGUUAUAUGCACAGCAGUCAUAUGCACAGAAGUCAUAUACACAGUAGUUAUACGCACAGCAGUUAUAUGCACAGCAGUUAUUUUUCACAGCAGUUAUAUGCAUGACAGUUAUUUUUCACAGCAGUUACAUGUACAGAAGUUACAUGGGAUCUCUCGGGGAAGGUUCGCAGAGCUAGCUGCUCUGCUUCAUAGGUUAUUUCUCUUGUUUUUAAAAAAAAAUUCAAAUGAUUUUAAUACAUAAAAUGAGAUGAUUCUGCAUUGUUACUUUUUCUUAGGGCAAAAAAAUUACUUAAAUCGUGAGCUGGCUUAAUUAUACAAAAUAUACAACACACUGAAUGGGAUAGCCUGACAAAAAGAUACAACACACUGAAUGGGAUAGCCUGACAAAAAGAGGCAUCACAACAAAAAAGCGAACAAAGCAAUACAAAAAUCGUGUGGGGAAAUGAAUAUACGUACAAAAAGAAAAAAAAGAAAAAGAGGCUGUUUUCGAGAGAACUGUCUUUUGAAAAUCAGGAACGGGGUGGGGGUGUUGUUUUUCGUUUUGGCGGGGGGGGGGGUACUCGAAAAUGCGUAUGAAAGUAAAAUAUGUGCAAGUGUUCUAAGAGCCAAAUUUUGAAUCGUGCGUCUUUUAAAAAUGGCCAGGAUCCUGUCGAGGGAGGGGAGAGAUUCAAUAUUAUUUAUUUUUAUUUUUCGGUUUGGGGGGGGGGGGGUACUCGAAAAUGCGUAUGAAAGUAAAAUAUGUGCAAGUGUUCUAAGAGCCAAAUUUUGAAUCGUGCGUCUUUUAAAAAUGGCCAGGAUCCUGUCGAGGGAGUGGAGAGAUUCAACGCCUACCUGUGCACUGGCUGCAGUGAUGAGCUGUGUGAGGAGAUCGCUGCGGCUUGCAGUUUCGACAGGAUGAAGAGUCACAAGGACGCCACGACGCCGGCUUGGCUGAAGGCGAUGUUCAGAGAGAAAAAACUCGAGUUUUACAGAAAAGGUUGGCGUUAUGAGUUAAGGCUUUCUCUGUCCAGGACUCUGUCUAAAUUACGUCCCUUUCGCCUUAGUUUCUGCCUCAGCCUUUCCUGGCGACGAAAUCAGGGCUGUUUUGAAAUGUCAUAUUUUGGGCCAACACUUUCAAAAAUGUCAUAUUUUGGGCCAACACUUUGAAAAAUGUCAUAUUUUGGGCCAACUCUUUGAAAAAUGUCAUAUUUUGGGCCAACUCUUUGAAAAAUGUCAUAUUUUGGGCCAACUCUUUGAAAAAUGUCAUAUUUUGGGCCAACUCUUUGAAAAAUGUCAUAUUUUAGGCCAACUCUUUGAAAAAUGUCAUAUUUUAGGCCUAUUGAUUGGAGGUGUCAUUUUACAGGCCCAUUGCAAAAAAAAAAUCAUUUAUUAGACCUACUGUUUGAAAAUAUCCUACUUUAGGCCCUCUGCAUUAAAAGAUAUGUUAGGCAUUCCGUCAGAGACUAACAAAUUUUAGGCCGAUUAUGUGGGUAUGUCAUAUUUUAAGAUUAUUAUUUAAAGAUAUAUAUUUGACCUAAUGUUUGAAAAGAUAAUAUUUUAGGUAUUCUUCAUGAAAAAAUCAUAUUUUAGGCAUUCUCUGUGAAAAGAUCAUAUUUUAGGCAUUCUCUAUGAAAAGAUCAUAUUUUAGGCAUUCUCUGUGAAAAGAUCAUAUUUUAGGAAUUCUCUGUGAAAAGAUCAUAUUUUCAGCCUUUUGAUGGAAAAUUUAUAUUUUUGAUUCACUCUUGGACUAUUUUAUUGAAAGAUUUCAUUUAUAAAUUGUUAAAAGAAAAGUCUUUCUUCUAUCUGAAAUCCCAGGCGAGGUGGGAGACUGGAAGAACUGGUUCAGUGUGGCCAUGAAUGAAGAAUUUGAUGCCGAGUACAAGAAGAGGAUGUCAGAAUAUAAGACCAUCUACAAAUAUACGCUCUAACCAAAACCUGGAACUUCUUUCCUUUUUCUACCAUAUAUUUCAUUUUUUUUAUGUCAAACAACAAUUUAACAGACGACUUUAUUAUUUUUUUUGGUCAACUUUGAAUGUAACAUUUACAUUAUUUUUAUUGCCUUUGUCAAUUACAUUUUUUUUUUAUUUGAAUGAAAGUUAGUUACUUUCUGUUUGAUUUUAAUUUUCUAACAUUUAAGAUUUUAAGUCAAAAUAAUCAACUAUUAUUCAAAGUUUGAA